UUCCCAUGAUGCAUAAAAUGACGUGUUUAACACCAGCCAUUUCCUAACGAUUGUCUUCUAGGAAGAAACAUUUACAAAUUCCAUAGUUAAUGAAUAAAGCAGUUACAAACAUGUUUCAUAUUUAUAUUAUCGUAAUGUCUCAGCUUUUGUAUAUGUCACAAGCCUUUUAUUUGCCCGGGUUGGCUUCGGUGACAUAUUGCACAAUAUCGGCAGAGAGCAACAACUGUCAGACAAAUCUUAUGGUCUACGUUAACAGACUUAAUACUGUGGAAAAUAUUGUGCCUUAUGAAUAUCAUGACUUUGACUUCUGUAUUCCGGAGUCAGAUGUUGCCAAUUCACCGACUGAGAAUCUGGGUCAAGUAGUAUUUGGAGAAAGAAUCAGACCAUCAAUGUAUAAGAUGAACUUCUCAGAGGAUAUUACUUGUCGUCAAGUUUGUGAGAAGACUUAUUCCAAAGAGGAUGGAAAACAGAUGGAAAAGCUGACGUUUCUCAAGAGAGGCAUUAGUCUAAACUAUCAGCACCAUUGGAUCCUGGAUAACAUGCCCAUAACCUGGUGUUACAAAGUGGAGUCUGGGGACACCUACUGUUCUACUGGUUUCCCCAUAGGCUGUUAUGUCACGAAACACAGUAAAAGGAAAGACACCUGUAUUACUUUAUCAAACUUUAAGGAUCCAGACACUUACUAUGUUUACAACCAUGUGGAUAUUUUCAUUGACUAUCACCCAUUGUCAGAAGAAGAUUGGGGAACUCAGCACUUAGGGAAAGGUGGUCGUAUUGUUUCUGCCAAAUUGGUACCUAGAAGCAUCAAUCAUCAAGAUAAGCCAGAUUGUUCCGACAAUGCUCCAGUGUUGGGUAUUCCUGGGGUACAGCCCGACAAACCUAUCAAAAUCAAGUACACUUACUCUGUGAAGUGGACGGAUAACAAGAACAUUAAAUGGACUUCUCGUUGGGACUAUAUUUUGGACUCCAUGCCCCACACUAACAUUCAAUGGUUCAGCAUCAUGAAUUCUUUGGUUAUUGUGGUCUUUCUGUCUGGUAUGGUUGCCAUGAUCAUGUUGAGAACUCUUCACAAAGACAUUGCUCGCUACAACCAAAUGGAUAGCAUGGAAGAUGCUCAAGAAGAAUUUGGUUGGAAGUUGGUCCAUGGUGAUGUGUUCAGACCACCAAGAAAGGGCAUGUUUUUGGCUGUCCUUGUAGGCAAUGGUACACAGCUCUUCUUUAUGACUCUGAUCACAUUAGUUUUUGCCUGUUUAGGUUUCCUUUCACCAGCUAAUCGAGGAGCUCUCAUGACUUGUGCUUUGGUACUAUAUGUAUGUCUGGGCACACCAGCAGGCUAUGUGUCAGCUAGAAUGUACAAAACUUUUGGUGGUGAGAAGUGGAAAUCUAAUGUGAUACUGACAGCAUUUUUCUGCCCUGGGUUAGUUUUUGCUGUUUUCUUUUUAUUAAAUCUUGUUCUGUGGGCCAAGGGAAGCUCUGCUGCUAUUCCAUUCACCACAUUGAUAGCCUUGCUGGCGCUCUGGUUUGGGAUAUCAGUGCCACUCACUUUUGUUGGAGCUUACUUUGGAUUUAGGAAAAGGCCUAUUGAACACCCAACUCGGACCAAUCAGAUUCCCCGUCAGAUUCCGGAACAGUCUCUGUACACACGACCUUUACCAGGCAUCAUCAUGGGAGGUGUCUUGCCUUUUGGGUGCAUUUUUAUACAGCUGUUUUUCAUUCUCAAUAGUAUUUGGUCUCAUCAGACGUACUACAUGUUUGGAUUCCUAUUUUUGGUCUUCAUCAUCCUCAUCAUCACCUGUAGUGAAGCCACCAUACUUCUUUGCUACUUCCACUUGUGUGCUGAGGACUACCAUUGGUGGUGGCGAUCUUUCUUGACCAGUGGAUUCACAGCCAUCUACUUUUUCUUUUACUGCAUCCAUUUCUUCUUCACCAAGCUGGAGAUGAGUGGAUUCACAAACACUUUCCUGUACUUUGGCUACACUGGGAUCAUUGUUUUCUUGUUUUUCAUCACCACAGGUUCCAUUGGAUUCUUUGCCUGUUUUUGGUUUGUUUCAAAGAUCUACAGUGUUGUGAAGGUGGAUUGAAUGACUUUUUUUUCAUGGGAAUGUUACAUAGAAAAAGAAAUAUAGUUGAUUUAUCUAACAGUUUUUUUUUUGUUUGACAAUAAGGAAAAAAAUAUUAAUUAACACAUUUAUAUUGUCAGUUGUCUUGUAUUUUUUUUUUGUUGCACUAGGCUAAUUAGUUGGUAAUCAUUAUAUUAUUAAUUUAUUUUGGCUUAUAUGUGUCAUUGUAAGUACAAUGUUUGUAAAGAAAUACAUGACCAAGUUAUAAACUUCAAAGGAAUGUAACUUGUGAAUGCAGAAUACAAAGUUCUCCUUUACAUUACUUCUUAUUAGAACCAUGUCCAUCUUUGAACUUUUUGUUUGGGAGGGUUGAAACCUUGUUUUAGUAUUUUCAAUUUGAAUUGUAUGUUGUAUAUAGUAUAUGUAGAUAUAUAAUAUACAUGGUUUAAUUAUUAUUUUUUGUUUACAUUGGGAGCUUUUUUUUUAGACUGGUAUACAUCCAUCCAGAAAUGUGUUUGUUGCCAUAAUAAUGUUCAUUUUGAAUCGUUCUCAUAUGUUUCAUUUUGUGGUGUACAUUCAGCACGAUUUCAUGACAUGUUUGUUCAUCAUUAUUAUAACACAAGUUUCCAGAAUUGUCUGAACUGUGUCUAGUUCCUAAUGGCUCAACCUAUGUUUCAAAACCUAUGACCGAGUUUGGACAGUUUAAUUGAUUCAGGAUUCUCAAAAUGUCCUCACAUUUCAAGGAUCACAGAGCUUCAUGAUUCAUAGUUUGAGAACCACAGCUAAAUAAAAAAAAAUCUUUCAACAACUAAUGAAAUCAAAACAUUCACUUGGCUGUCAAUUUUUAUGAAGCACAGUGAGUUUUAUUAUUGUUAGAAUGUAUUUCUACUUUAAGAAGAAAAUGUUCACUUUAUUGACAGUCUGAACAAAACUUAUGUUUUCUUUUGAAAUUGUAGAGACAAAAUUUCCUAAUGUGUAUCUUGUAUGUAAUAGUCUGAACAAACUGUCCUCUGCUGUUCAAAUGAAGGGUUAAAUGUGUCUUUAUUGUAACAAUUACACUAACCUAAUGUGAUAUAUUAUGUGAUGUACUUUUCAAAUAUAGAUUUAUUUUUCAUACAUUUAUUCAAAUUCAUUAACUCUUUCUCCUGAGUGAUGAUACCGUCGUUGAUUAGACCUAAUUAAAUUAACUUAAUUUUUGAGUUUGUAGACUUCAAUUUUGUGCUAUCUAUACCACUUAAAAUAUUUUCUAAUUAAAAUAAAAACGUAAUUGUAGUUUAAUCAUAACAGGGCAGUGAAAUACAAAUGGGAAAAAUGAAUAAUUCCUUUUGAACGCGGAAAAUAAUUACAGAGAGAUUAUGUUAAACCUGAUUAAUCAUAAAAAUCUUUCUCUUUUAAAGCUAUAUUAUUUUCUCAAAGUGGCCCUUUUAUAAAAAUGUUGAGAAGUUUUGCAAAAAAUAUAAGGAAUUAUGAAAUCUAGUCAAACAUGAUCUUGAUUAGUUUGAUAUGUAGACUUAAAGUAUUUAACAAGAGGACUUAGAACAAACACAAUAAUGUUUUGUAGUUAUCUCCGCUUUGUUUGAACUUGUAGUGAAUUUCUGAUAUUGGUCUGCUUAGAUCUCUAUAACAAAAAAAUUCUGUACAUUAUUAUGAAACAUAAUGGUCUUUAAAUUAUUAUUAUUAUUAUUACUAACACUGUUGCUUUAUAUAUUUAAUUUGUGGCUGUUUUGUAUGGUAUUUAUAACACUUUUUCCCAUAUAGUGCAAGCUUUUUCUACAUUGCUACAUACAUUGACUAACUCUCAUUGAUUGCUGUACUGUCAUAUUAAAAUUGUGGCUUCAUUUGUUUGAUUGUUUCCUGUACACCAUGCCCCUGCAUUCCACGACCUCACUCUCCAACUUCUCAAGAUGCAGAAUAUUAUUUUGUGUGUGGAGAAUUUGAUAACGGGUGGGUCAACCUGCUCAUGUUUGCAAUGGUUGCACAAAUGAUUAUCAUCCAUCUAUGCAAUUGAUCAUCAUUAAGUUUCUUUACUAGUGUGUCCAAACCUUAGGUCAUUGUUGUAACUGCCAAGAGUGAUGAAUCAUAACCUGACCAGCUAUAGUGAAUUGCUUACAAUGUGUGUGCUUCAUUUAGUUCAGCUGAUCAAUCAUAUCAUCUCAAAAUAUGUUUUUUUUUAAUUGAUCUAUCAUUUCAAACAUUCUUUAUGCCUUUGAAGUAUUUGUUACUUUUCCAGAAAAUUUAACAAUGUACAUUUGUGACUGUAUGCAUCGAGGGUCGAAUAAAGAUUUUUAAUGAAAAA